UAAGAUUUUCUUUCUCUUUCUUUUAGUUUGUAACAUGGCAUCAUCUGGCACUGGCUCCCCUUGUGGUGCAUGCAAGUUUCUGAGACGAAAAUGCGCUUCCGACUGUGUAUUUGCGCCUUAUUUCUGCUCGGAACAAGGCCCCUCAAGGUUUGCCGCCAUCCAUAAGGUCUUUGGUGCUAGCAAUGCCUCCAAAUUGUUGUUACAUAUCCCGGCACAUGAUCGUUGCAAGGCGGUCGUCACCAUUGCUUACGAGGCUCAAGCAAGGAUUCGAGAUCCUGUUUAUGGUUGCGUUGCUUAUAUUUUCGCCUUGCAGCAGCAGGUGGCGUACCUCCAAGCUCAAUUAAUGCAAGCGAAAGCUCAGCUGGCUCAAACUGCUAUGAAUUCACAUAACAUAGAGAAUCUGUGGCAAGGCAAUGUUUGUGGGACUGUUCCUUCCGUUCCAACCUUCGUGAACCCCAUUUCUCCACAAAGCUCACUCGACAGAUGCGACAACAUGAGCUUACAAAGCAGAGAUGAUCAUUUUUAUGUCCACGGUUACCCUAAGAGGAGACCCUCCAAUAAUGAGCUGGGUGAGCUUCAAGCACUUGCCCUUAGAAUGAUGAGGGACUCAAACUAAAUCAUCCUUCUUCUUUAUGGAGUACGAUUCUCCUUCUCUCCUGAUGCUGAUGUUUGUAUUUGUAUAUACGGAGACUGUUUCCGAGAAAACUUAAUACUAAACUUUCUGGUCAGCCAUGCAAUAUUGGCGUUUGCCUCUUUGUUCAA